CACCCGAGCCACGCCCACGUGCCCGCUCCGCCCCCAGGAGUGAUUCUGGCGCGCUAUGGGAAAGCCUGGCGCGAGCAGCGACGCUUCUCCUUGUCCACCCUGCGCAACUUUGGCCUGGGCAAGAAGUCGCUGGAGCAGUGGGUGACCGAGGAGGCCUCGUGCCUCUGUGCCGCCUUCGCCGAUCAGGCCGGACGUCCCUUUAGCCCCAACGCCCUCCUGAAUAAAGCGGUGAGCAACGUGAUCGCCUCCCUGACCUUCGGCAGCCGCUUCGAGUACAACGACCUUCGCAUCCUCAAGCUAUUGGACAUAUUGGAGGAUGGACUGAAGGAGGAGGUGCUGGAAGCAAUCCCCGUGCUCCUGCGUAUCCCAGGGCUGGCUACCAAGGUCUUCCCGGCGCAGAGGGCCUUCAUGGCCCUGAUUGAUGAGCUGGUCACCGAGCACAGGAUGACCCGGGACCGGGCCCAGCCACCCCGAGACCUGACUGACGCCUUCUUGGACGAGGUGGAGAAGGCCAAGGGGAACCCCGAGAGCAGCUUCAAUGAUGAGAACCUGCGCCUGGUGGUGUCUGACCUCUUCUCUGCCGGGAUGAUCACCACCUCGACCACGCUGGCGUGGGCCCUCCUCCUCAUGAUCCUGCACCCAGACGUGCAGCGACGUGUCCAACAGGAAAUCGAUGAGGUGAUAGGGCAGGUGAGGCCACCAGAGAUGGCGGAUCAGGCCCUCAUGCCCUUCACCAUGGCCGUGGUCCAUGAGGUGCAGCGCUUUGGGGACAUCAUCCCACUGGGCCUGCCCCACAUGACAUCCCGUGACAUCGAAGUUCAGGGCUUCCUCAUCCCAAAGGGGACGACGCUCAUCACCAACCUGUCAUCAGUGCUGAAGGACGAGACCAUCUGGAAGAAGCCCUUCCACUUCCACCCGGAGCACUUCCUGGAUGCCCAGGGCCGCUUCGUCAAGCAGGAGGCCUUCAUACCCUUCUCAGCAGGCCGCCGCUCGUGCCUUGGGGAGCCCCUCGCCCGCAUGGAGCUCUUCCUCUUCUUCACCAGCCUCCUGCAGCACUUCAGCUUCUCAGUGCCCGCUGGGCAGCCCCGCCCCAGUGGCCACGGUGUCUUUGCCUUCCUGGUGACCCCAUCCCCCUACCAGCUCUGUGCUCUGCCCCGCUAGAGGUGGGCACCAAGCCCCCAACCCACUCCUCAGCAGUAGCCCUGAUGUACAAUAAACCAGUCUGGUGGCUCCAA